GUGCUGAUCUCCACCUUCGAGCGGCCGGGGCUGCUGCUGGAGGCCCUGGCGCAGGUCGCGGCCCAGGACUACGGCGGCGACGUGGAGGCCGUCGUGGUGGACGACAGCGCGGAGUCCCUGGAGGGAAGGAGCACGGCGGCGGAGGUCCUGUGCGUGUGGGACGACGACGACGUGUUCACGAGGCACAGGCUCCGGAGACAGGUGGAGCACCUGCUGGGCUGGGACGGCGGGGGCGGCGUGCCCUGCUCGGGCAUCGAGGUGGCGUACAUGUACUCGGUGCCGACGCGGGGGCUGAGCUUCCGCCCGCCGCGCCUCCCACAGCUGGUGUUCGAGAACACCCUGUCUUCACGCGCGACUGGUGGACGUCGGGCGGCCACGGCUUCGGAGAGCCGUGGGAGGUGUCGGGCCAGGGCGAGGGCACCCUGGAGCCCUGGUGGGAGCAGGUCUGCCCUCUGA